UAUAUAUGGAGGGUGGGGACUGAUGAGAAGACUUGGCUCCUAAAAAGUAAAUGUGGAGUGGUUUUGGAGGAGGUGAAGAGGCAAAAUAGUAAUGGGAAAAUUCAAAAGGGUGUGUGUGUACUGUGGAAGCAAUUCAGGGAACAGAAAGAUAUUCAGUGAUGCAGCUCUUGAUCUUGGAAGAGAAAUGGUUGAGAGGAGGAUGGAUCUCAUCUAUGGAGGAGGGAGUGUGGGGCUAAUGGGUUUGAUUUCUCAGAAGGUCUAUGAUGGUGGCUGCCAUGUUCUUGGAGUGAUUCCAAGGGCUCUGGUUCCAAUAGAGAUAUCAGGGCAUGCAGUUGGGCAAGUGGUGAUUGUUUCUGACAUGCAUGAAAGAAAGGCAGAAAUGGCUUCUAGGGCUGAUGCCUUCAUUGCACUUCCUGGUGGGUAUGGAACAAUGGAGGAACUCCUUGAGGUGAUAGCAUGGGCUCAGCUUGGGAUCCAUGAUAAGCCAGUGGGUCUCCUAAACGUAGAUGGCUACUAUGAUUGCUUGCUUGGGUUAUUUGACAAAGGUGUAGAAGAGGGAUUCAUUAAGCCAUCUGCUAGAAGCAUUGUAGUCUCUGCAAAAACUGCUAGAGAGCUGAUACAGAAGAUGGAGGAUUACAUACCUUUUCAUGAUCAAGUGGCACCAACUCAAAGCUGGAAUGCAGGAGAACCCAACGCCACAAAUUCAUAGCUACUGCUUUUCUUUGAUCCUGAGAGGAAGAGGAAAUUUCUUGUUGUAAUAUAACAUUUAUAAAUCAUUUGUGACAUGGGUCAUGCGAUUGAACAAAUUUUAUACAAGAAAAUGAUGCAUUUUAGGGAAGGGGCUUGUGUCCUGUUUAUGUUGAUCAAACCCUUUGGUGGAUACAGAAAGCAUGGUAUGCAGUAGCUCUGUUGUUCAA